AUGGCGCUCAACAAUUUCCUCUUCGCGCAGUGCGUGUGCUACUUCCUGGCCUUCCUGUUCAGCUUCGUGGUGGUGGUGCCGCUGUCCGAGAACGGCCACGACUUCCGCGGCCGCUGCCUGCUGUUCACCGAGGGCAUGUGGCUGAGCGCCAACCUGACGGUGCAGGAGCGCGAGCGCUUCACCGUGCAGGAGUGGGGCCCGCCGGCCGCCUGCCGCUUCAGCCUGCUGGCCAGCCUCCUGUCGCUGCUGCUCGCCGCCGCGCACGCCUGGCGCACGCUCUUCUUCCUCUGCAAGGGACACGAGGGCUCCUUCCUCUAUGCCUUCCUGAACCUCCUGGUCAGUGCUUCCGUGGUCUUCCUCGUCUUCAUCGCCAGCACCAUCGUGAGCGUGGGCUUCACCAUGUGGUGUGACGCCAUCACUGAGAAGGGCACCGUGCCCCACAGCUGUGAAGAGCUCCAGGACAUCAAUUUGGAGCUAAACGUGGACAACUCUGCCUUCUAUGACCAGUUUGCCAUCGCCCAGUUCGGCCUCUGGGCCUCGUGGCUGGCCUGGCUGGCCAUCACCAUCCUGGCUUUCCUGAAAGUCUACCACAACUACCGCCAGGAGGACCUGCUAGACAACCUGGUCCAUGAGAAGGAGCUGCUGCUGGCCAGGCCGACCCCCCGCGCGUCCUUCCAGGAGGAGAAGAGCGCCGUCAUCUAGGUGUGGCCAGGGGAACCCGGCCCUGGAUGCCCCCUCGCCCCGCCCAGGGCCCUCGGGCCAACCCCGGGGACGGUCUGCCCGGCCCUGCCUGCCCCUUGCCUUGCAUGUCUCCCCUCGGCUCUGUGCGACGUGAGCGACCCCGCUCACCCAAGCACCCCAUUCCCGCCCUGAGUGUGGUGGUGAGUGGGGCCGGCGCCAGCCCUCCCGUGGGGACACGCAGAGACUGCGGGACCUCCUCCGGGCUUCCCGCACACGCAGCGCACCUGUCCAGGGGGCACAGGCUGGGCGAGCCUCGGUGCGGGGAGCGCCCACACCGCUUGGAUGCCUCUGGCCGCAGGGCUUGCAGCUCGUGCCUCUGCUGGAUGCCGUCUCCACACUGGCUUGCCCAGGCGUGAGUCUGUGCCCGAUUCUGUGGCAGCAGCCCGUGUCCCCAGGAUGACCCCAGCCCGCGAUGGCCGCACACCACUCUGGUCCCUUGCUCCUGAGCAGCGCGUGGGAGCAGGGGGCCCACUGCAGAACGAGCUCUCUGCCGUGUGUCUCGACCUCCUGGCUCUGCACUUGCCCCCCCGCCUCCGUAGGGCCGAGUCCCUGGGUGGCCGGGCCUGGGUCUCGGCAUCACAGGGCCGGUCAGGUGGUGGCCGGGCGGCCAUCCUGGGAAGUGGCUGUGCUGCCAGACCUGGGAGCCCGCACCCCGUGCCACAGGACUUGCUGGGGGAGCCACGUGUGCCCCUGCCUGGGAGGAACCUGGGCCCCAG